UAGACAGGCUAUUUCUUUUUAUCGUCAUUACUUCAUCUGACAACAAUGGCGAAAAGAUUAAGCGAGAUAAAUAGCACUGCUACUUUUGCCUGGAGUCCGGGGCAACAGACUCCUCUGAUUGCUGCAGGUACUGCUGCUGGUGCCUUGGAUGACUCAUUCUCAAACACGUCUGAAUUGGAGUUAUUUAAGCUUGACUUUAAGAAUACAUCUCAUGGAGCCGUUUCUGUCGCCAAAGUCGCAAGUUCUGCGAGAUUCAACAAAUUAGCAUGGGGAAACGCAUCCAGUAGCCAUCCUUAUGGUGUUAUCGUUGGAGGUUUAGAAAAUGGCCAUUUGGCGCUUUGGGAUCCUAGUAAAAUAUUGGACGGAAAGAGUGAAGAAGAAGCUAAAACUUGGGAUAAUUCAACACACUCUGGCCAAAUACGUGGCCUUGACUUCAACAAAUUCCAAACUAACUUACUAGCAUCGGCUGGAACUAAUAAUGAAGUAUAUAUUUGGGAUCUUACCAAGCCUGACACACCUUACAAUCCUGGUCCAAAAUCUUCCAAGUUGGAUGAUAUUACAAGUGUUGGCUGGAAUGGCCAAGUGCAGCAUAUUCUAGCAACCUCUUCUUCAAACGGACAUACAGUUGUUUGGGAUCUCCGUAACCGUAAAGAGGUCAUGACUCUUUCUGCACCUAACAGCGGUGUUAUUUCUGGUCGUAAGAAUAUUUCAUCGGUUGUCUGGCAUCCCGAUGUGGCCACUCAAUUGGUUACAGCCUCAGAGGAUGAUUCGAAUCCAGUAGUCACUCUCUGGGAUCUUCGACACGCUCAUUCACCCGAGAAGAUCCUUGCUGGUCAUACCAAGGGCGUCUUGGGCGUCUCUUGGUGCAGGCAAGAUUCAGACUUGUUGCUUUCUUGUGGUAAAGACUGCAAGACUCUCGUUUGGAAUCCUAAUUCAGGUGAGUUGCUUGGUGAAUUGGCUCAAGACAACAAUUGGACUUUCCAAACUGAAUGGUGUCCUCGCAAUCCUGAUCUCUUGGCCUCCGCUUCUUUUGACGGAAAGAUUAGCGUCUAUUCUUUGCAAAAUUCCGGAUCUCAAGACGACGUGUCUGCUGUAGAUACCACCAAUGAUGACCCUUUCACAGCCGCUUUGAAAGCAUCCGCACCAGCUGCCAGCGCUGGCUUUUCUUUAAAGCACCCUCCCAAGUGGCUUCGACGCCCUGUUGGCGCUACAUUUAGCUUUGGUGGAAAACUUGUAUCAUUCAAUAACAAAGCUGGUCAAGCUGCUGCUCAAGUGGCUGCUAACUUACGUCCUGAUCAAGUACCUGCUCCUCAAGUUAUUCCUCGCGCUGUCAAGAUUACGUCUAUUGUCACCGACAAGGAAAUCGUCAAUCGAUCCGAAGAGCUUGAAAUUGCUUUGCAACAACAAGAUGUAGAGCAAUUAGUUGAAUCUCGUCGACAACUUGCAGACCAGGAUAAAGAAAGUUGGGAAGUGAUCAAAUCCUUGUUAGCUCCCGAUGCAAGAGAACAGCUUAUGAACUAUCUUGGUUUCCAGAAAUCAGAAAUUGCCGCAGCCGUCGCCAAGAUUACCGCCGAAAAGAAGGGAACCGAAAUCACUACAAAGGAAGAGUUCACCGAAGAGACAGUUGUCGAGCAAGCUGAGCCAGCACCUGAAGUAGCUGAGAAGACUGAUGAUGCCAAAGCUGAGGAACCAAAGACUGAUUCUGUUUCCGGAUUGUUCCAAUCUGACAAUGCUGCUGAAGACUUCUUUGCCACACAGACAGAAAAGACAGACCAUGCCGCUCCAGAAGUAGACAUUGCUCAGGCCAUUGGUUCGGCCAUUCAACGUGAGCCUCUUCAGCUCUACUCUGAUGAAAAUUCAGAUGUUGAUCAUUUGAUCACUCGUGCUGUCGUCUUGGGUGAUUUUGAAUCUGCUGUCAAUCUCUGUUUGUCCGUUGAAAAGUUUUCUGAUGCCUUGAUGUUUGCUAUCUGUGGAGGCGGUGACCUUUUGCAGCGAACUCAACAAGCUUACUUUAAGCAUCAAUCAAAGACAAGUUCAUACCUUCGCUUAUUAGAAAGUAUCAUUGAAGAAGACUUGAGCUCUAUUGUCGCCACUGUAUCUUUAGAAGAAUGGACUUCUAUCAUUGCUGUGCUUUGCACAUUUGCAAAGGCAGAGGACUUCAAACAGCACUGUGAAGCAUUGGGCGCUCGUUUAGAAGAUGCAUUAGCUGACGAUAAUCCUGAAAGUACCAAAGAGCUUCGACGUCGCGCAACUCUCUGUUACCUUGCUGCUGGUAACCUGGAGAAAGUGUCACGUAUUUGGAUUGCUGAGCAAGAAGAGCUGGCUGAAAAGAACAAGAAUGAGGGCGUUUAUGCCUUUAGCCUUCAGCAACUGAUUGAAAAGGUAACGAUAUUCCGUAAGGUUAUUUCGUUUGAGGAUCCUGCUCUCUUGGAAGUCUCCGAAUCCAAAUUGCCUUAUGAAUAUCCUCUUGCCCCUCUUUAUGACAAGUACUGUGAAUAUGCAGACCUUUUGGCUAGCCAGGGCAAGUUAACUACCGCUUUAAGCUAUUUGAGCUUAACACCUGUCGUAUACCGUAAGGCCACGUUUGAUAAACUCAGCAUCAUUCGUGAUCGCGUCUAUCACGCAUGUCCUAGCUCUGUUACUAGCUUAUAUUCUCAGCCUACGGCACCAUUUGAAAGCAAGCCUAUUGUGACAGAAUCUGCCAUGGCCGAGCCUCAAGCAGCACAACCCGUUGCAAGUGCGUUCCCUCAGACUACAAGUGCUCAAGCUCAGCAACAUCCUUCUUAUCAACCCUACCAGCCUGCUACAUUUACACCUCAAACCCAGGCGACAGCAACGACACAUGUUACCAGUACGUUUACUCAACAAGCACAAUACACUCCUCAGUAUCAACCUGCGGCUGCUUCCUAUACUCAGCCCCAACCUACGGUUAGUCAGCCAUAUCAACCAACAAGCAGCGUCUAUGCUCCUCAAGCUCAAGCCCAGGCUCAAGGUUCCCAAUACCAGCCUUACCAGCCUUAUCAGUCUACUGGCUACAAUAACUAUCCUGCAGCAACUGCACCCUACAGCCCUCAGUACAGUAAUGCUGCCAGCACGACGUACAGCGCGCCUCGCCCCUCUAUUCCUGCUCCUCCCCCUAUCACUGGUGUUGCACCCUCUCCUCGCUCUCAGCCUCAACAAAUCCCUCCUCCACCAAAGAAGCCUCAGGGUGCUUGGAAUGACCCUCCCAUGGCUUUAGCUGCUAAUAAAAAGUCAGUGAAAAGCCCCAAGGUGGCUACCGCACCUGCCAAGAGAGUAACUUCACCAUUCCCUACUCAACCAGCUGCUACUGCUUUUGCUCCACCUCCUCAGCAGCAUCAUCAACCACAACCACAUUUGCCCCCACCACCUCAGCAACACUUACCUCCACCACCUCAAAAGAAUCCACUUCCUCCUCCUCCACAACAGGCUCGUCCUCCUCUCGGACCCCCACCAAGAGGACCUCCUCAAUACACGGGACCAAGAUAUACUUAAAUAAUAAAAAACCGUCGCAUAUAUUGCUAUCGAAAUAAGAUAUAAUGUUUAUGUAAUCAAACUAUUUUAUAUGCUCUUUUUAUCUCUUGUACAAAUCACAGUCGAUAAAAACAUGAAUAAACAAUGACA